GCUACAUGAAGCUUUAUUUGGACGCACUGAAACUGGCACGUUCUGCGCUAUUUUCCAAUCGGUUUUUUCGUGUAUGGUUUCAAUACAAGGGUUCACCAGCGGAUGCAGCAGAACCUGAUGAGAAAGAAAGCGCAGACGAGUUGGAGCCGAAACGAAAGAUAAGGAAAACAAAGGAAAAAAAGGUUACGAGUGACUCAGCAAGUGAAGAUGCUGCAGCAUCUAUUGGGGACCUCUCUAACGACAGCAAAACUGCGGAUGGCAGGCCGUGGAAACUAAAGUUUAUGUCGUGGAAUGUAAAUGGAUUGAAAGCUUGGUCGAAAAGGGGUUAUACUGUUGACUACAUCAAACGUGAAGAUCCUGACAUUUGCUGUCUGCAAGAAACCAAAUGUGAUAAAGACAACAUACCAGAAGAGGCAAAGCUGGAAGGCUACCAUACAUUUUGGUUGUCUGGAGAAAGGAAGGGGUACUCUGGAACAGGUCUCUACAGCAAAGUAAAGCCGAUGAAUGUGACGUACGGGAUGGGUGUCGAGGAACACGACAAAGAAGGAAGGUUGAUAACAGCAGAAUACGAAACCUUCUACUUUGUUGGCUCAUAUGUUCCGAAUGCUGGUCGAGGCCUACCAAGGCUAGGCUACCGUCAAACAUGGGACACAGCCUUACAGAAUUACCUUGUAGAACUCGAUAAGAAAAAGCCUGUUGUGUUCUGUGGCGACUUGAAUGUCGCCCACAAAGAGAUAGACAUUGCUAAUCCGAAGAGCAAUAAGAAGUCAGCUGGUUUUACGAUGGAAGAAAGAGAAGGGUUUUCGGAUCUUCUCUCUUGUGGGUUUGUUGACUCAUUUCGUUGUCUUUACCCGGAUAAGAAAGGUGCAUACACAUUCUGGGUCGCCACCUCUCGAACAGCAAGAGCAGAUAAUGUUGGAUGGCGUCUUGACUAUUUUGUCAUCUCACAACGACUGGAGAGUGACCUUUGUGACAAUGUUAUCAGAUCAAGUGUUAAGGGCAGUGAUCAUUGCCCCAUUGUUUUGUUUUUGGCCACAUAAAGGUUGAGGCCUCACAGUUCAGACUGCUAGUGUAACUGCCAUGGCAAUGCCGGUUUGUUUCAAGACAUCUUUUUAUGAUGUACACUGUUCUCUAACACAAAUCAGUUGUUGAGUUGAACAUUUGUUGAGAUACCAAUGUAUGUGACCUUGUUCAUUAGUACAGUCCAUGCAUUGAGUAUGACGGCAAUUUUCAAUAGAAUAAAUUUGAAUGUGUGAA